UUAUGCUAUAAAAAGCCUGAUCUGAGCUCAGGAGAGAUUUCCUGGUUAUUUACGCUGCAUCACUGCAACUCCUAAUGAUCUCAUAAGAUCUAAAAGCCAACACAUCAUCAUCCCUUUCAUUUUUCUUGCCUUGUUCUUGAAUGCUGGUUGCUUCAUAUCUUUUAUAUGAUCAUUCCAGCUGAACCAUGGCUAACGGUUACAUGCCCAAUCUCCAUCUCCUUCUCCUUCUCCUUUUCUCCGUUCUUGGCGUUUACCUCGACGUGGCUCGGGGACAGGUUUUGACACCAUCUAACUGGCUUCUGAAAAUGAAAUCAGAACAGGUUGAUCCUGUUGGAAUCCUUGAUAACUGGUCUCCAAGUACUCAUGUAUGUACCUGGCAUGGCAUUUCUUGUUCACAUGAUAUGUCCCAUAUUGUUAGCUUAAACCUUUCUGGCUCUGGAUUAUCAGGUUCUAUGUGGAGUGAGUUAUGGCAUAUCACUUCACUUGAAGUCUUAGAUUUGUCUUCAAAUUCUCUCUCUGGUUCCAUACCCUCUGAGUUUGGACAGCUUUUCAAUCUAAGGAUGCUGUUCUUGCAUUCAAAUAACCUGUCUGGCAAGCUUCCAGCUGAAAUAGGCCUUUUGAAGAACUUGCAAGCUCUCAAAAUAGGCAACAACAUGCUAUCAGGUGAUAUCACACCAUUUAUAGGAAACUUGACUAAUUUGAGUGUUCUUGGUCUUGGCUACUGUGAAUUCAAUGGAAGUAUUCCAUUUGAGAUAGGAACCUUGAAGCAUCUGAUAUCACUUGAUUUGCAGCAGAACAAGCUCAGUGGUUCUAUUCCCGACAGCAUUUUCGGAAUCGAAGAGCUCGAAAACUUGGUCGUAUCGAAUAACCUGCUUGAUGGCAACAUUCCUAGCUCACUAGCCUCAUUAAGAUCAUUGAAAGUCUUGAAUUUGGCUAACAACAGCUUUUCUGGAUCAAUUCCUGUUGCAUUAAGUGAUCUUACCAAUUUGGUGUACUUGAACUUGCUUGGAAAUAGAUUCAAUGGAGAAAUCCCUUCUGAGAUAAACAAAUUGGUUCUUCUUGAAAAUGUAGAUUUGUCAAGAAACAACCUUUCUGGAGCUGUAAGUCUACUGAAUUCUCAGCUGAAGAAUCUUAAAACUCUUGUCUUGUCGGAUAAUGCUUUAACAGGUAACAUUCCCGACAGUUUCUGCUUUGAAAAUUCAAAUCUUCAACAGAUAUUUCUUGCCAGGAACAAGCUUUCCGGCAGGUUCCCAAUCGAGCUGCUGAACUGUUCUUCACUACAGCAGCUGGAUCUUUCUGGUAACGGAUUCGAAGGCGAUCUCCCGUCGACUCUCGACGAUCUUAACUACUUAACCGACCUUUUACUCAACAGCAACAGCUUCACUGGAUCCAUCCCCCCUCAAAUUGGAAACAUGAGCUCGUUGGAGGAGGUGUAUCUGUUUGACAACAAGCUCACAGGAGCCAUUCCAAAGGAGAUAGGGAAGCUACAGAAGUUGAGUAUCAUUUUCCUCUAUGAUAACCAAAUGUCGGGUAGCAUACCGAACGAGCUUACGAACUGCACGAGCUUGACAGAGAUCGACUUCUAUGGCAAUCAUUUUAUAGGCCCCAUUCCUAAGGAUAUUGGCAGCUUAAAAAACCUGGCUGUGCUUCAUUUAAGGCAGAAUUUCUUGUGGGGUCCUGUCCCAGAAAGUUUGGGGUACUGCAAAAGCCUCAAGUUAUUGGCUUUGGCUGAUAACAAUCUCUCAGGGUCAUUACCCUCCAGUUUAGGACAACUCUCAGAAUUAAGCACCAUUACCCUUUAUAACAACUCCCUUGAAGGCCCUCUUCCUUUGUCAUUCUCCAUUCUUAAGAGCCUAAAGAUAAUCAACUUCUCCAAUAAUAAGUUCAAUGGAACCAUCUUUCCUCUCACUGGCUUGGUUUCUUUAACAGCAUUGGAUUUGACAAACAACAGCUUUUCAGGUCCUAUCCCUUCCAGAUUGUCUAGAAACUUGAGACGUCUUCGCCUCGCUCACAACGAGCUCACCGGUUAUGUUCCGUCCGAGCUCGGCGAACUGACAGAGCUAAACUUCCUGGAUUUGUCACACAACAAUCUCACAGGAGAAUUGUCAGCUCAGCUCUUUAACUGUAGCAAGCUUCAGCACUUUUUGGUUAACGACAACAAACUGACAGGAACCAUCACUCCAUUGAUAGGGAACUUACAAGAACUUGGCGAGCUGGAUUUGUCAUCCAAUAACUUAUAUGGGGAAAUACCUGCAGAAUUGGUAACCUGUCACAGAUUACUUAAGCUAUCUCUCCAUAACAACAAUUUAUCAGGAAAAAUCCCACAGGACAUUGGAAAUCUCACGUUUCUAUAUGUUCUUAACCUUCAAAGAAACAAUCUUUCAGGUCCUAUUCCAUCAACAAUCCAAAAAUGCAGCAAACUUUAUGAGCUGAGACUCUCUGAAAACCUCUUGACAUCUGAUAUCCCUCAAGAACUUGGAGCGCUGCAUGAACUUCAAGUGAUACUAGAUUUAAGCAAAAAUGGCUUAUCUGGUGAAAUCCCAUCAUCCAUUGGAGAUUUAAUGAAGCUUGAGAGAUUGGAUCUUUCUUCAAAUCAUCUCAGAGGGGAAAUUCCUAGCUCACUUGAAAAACUAACAAGUAUGCAUAUCUUGAACCUGUCAUAUAAUCAUCUACAAGGUUCAAUCCCUCAAUGUUUUUCAGGUUUUCCAUUGAGUUCCUUCAAGGAUAAUAAUGAACUCUGUGGCUCACCUCUGUUAUCAUGUUCAUCAAGGCAAGAAACAAGCAAGCUAUCCAAGGCUGCAGAGAUUGGUAUUAUUGUGGCUAUUGUUCUUACAUCCAUGGUUAUAUGUCUAAUAAUGAUGUAUAUUAUGCUGAGAAUGUGGAGUAACUGGAGAAAUGUUUCGGUUUCGAUAUCGGAUGGCGGUGGGAACGAACACGACAGAGAUGAAGUGAGAUGGGUUCAUGGAAAUGACAAGAAGGUAGGACAGUAUUGGAAGGUUGAUUCUGUGGCGUUGGUUCGUUCUAAGGCUAGUAGGUGUGUUUUUCAACUCAAGGAAGAUUCAGAGUGAAUGUGGCUUGUAGAGCUCUCAUGAAACAUCAAGGCUUCAUGAGGUUAUUUGUUGCUGAUGAUUUUUUUUUUUAACUGUGUUACUGAUGAAGUUUGGUGUCUUGAGGAUUGUAAAAAUAAACUGGAGAUCUCUGUAGAUAAUUGCCUAGUGUAUGAUUAGUGUUGAGAAUUGAUAUCUGUUCAAAAAGUGUCCAGGUUGUAUCUGAAAUUUCAAUAUCUAUUGUGCUAACUCAUGGCUUCCAUCGCUA